CUUGUCUGUAUUUCGGGCCGGCGAUUCCCCCGUUAUCUCUCCCGUCUCCAGACAUUCGUAACAUUCUGCGCAGCGCCAACUCAACAAACAUGUCGAUACUUCUCCGCUCCCAUUUCUGGACCAUAAUCCUAUUUUCUCGGGUGGUAUUCGAAUGAUGCCGCACCAAGACGGCUCAGUGAGGCGUGGCAAGACUUUCACCGGAUGCUGGACUUGUCGGGACAGAGGGGUCAAGUGCGGUCUUGAGAAACCGCGAUGCCUACGUUGCAAGAAUGCCAAACGGACGUGCGGGGGAUACGGCAUCCGUCUGAUAUGGGUCGAUGAGCCAGGCGCCAAGGCAGCGGCCGGAACCCAACGGCGUCUGUUGAGCGAGGUCGCGCGAUUGAACCCCGUGGACGAAAGCUUCCUGGAUGCCUGGCUUCUAGAACUCGAAUCAUUCGAUGGUCCCCACAGCUUACGGCUCGGACCAUUUUCUGUUUUUCGACUGGAGAACGAGGCCUCGGCAUCUCCACAGACGGUGCAAGGGCCGAUGCAAGAUGCAGACGCAGAGAUAGAGUUGAUCGACAGGGUCAUGACAAGGAACACAACUUUGACUAGUUGCGGAUCUUUUGCGAAUCCUUCACACCUUACGAUUCAUCCAGCCCUGCGGCCCUAUCUGGUUACCGCCACGGCACGCGAGCGCAGCCUGUUCCACCAUUGGACAUCGCGCUUGAGUAAGUCUUUGAUGCCCACUGCGAGCGCGAAAAAUUUCUGGCAGACCAUCUUCACUCCUAUGGCCCUUGGUUGUGGAGAUGCAUCAGAGUCAAGUCCCGGACACGCAUCGCUCUUGCAUAGUAUAUACGCUAUAGCGGCUUUUCACAUUGCCGAGCAGCAGCCAGCCAGGAAAGAUCAUGUCUUCAUCGGCAUUGAGCACUAUCAAGCCAGCGUCCGGUAUCUACGACAAAGUUUGCAGAACACCAAUGAAGGUCAAGAAGUUGUGCUUGCGGCAAUCAUCCUCCUUGCCACUACCGACAUUAUUGUCGAAGAUUCAUCCCGAUGGAGGGUGCACAUCCACGGGGGCCGCGACUGGUUACGAUGGCAGGGACCGUUGUGGACAAAGGGUCGCAUCGCUUCCACACUCUACCAGAUCUUUCAUUCCACGGAGGUCAUUGGAUUCUCACACGACAUGAAGCCCAACAAUACUGUCAAGGAACAGUUGCUGGAAAGCCAAGCCACUGAUUUAGCAGGCUUCCAGAGCGAAGAUUACUGCCUCGACACGUACCUCGGCUUCCCGAAGCCGCUGUUCCAGGCUUUCAAAAGAAUGUACGAGCUUCGACAGAUGAGACGCCCGAUCUACCCUUUCGACAUGGUCGAGAUCGAAUGUCUUCUUGAAUUCGGAAAGCCGACCGAGACUCCGAGCAACAACAUUUCUUCUGCCACAGAAGACCCGAUCAAAGACUACGCCUGGACCGCCUACUACGCGAGCCGCAUCGCCUUCGAGCGCGAAUUCCGCCACGCCUCUCCCCCAGAAGUCCACCACCACGUCCGCAACUGCACGCACCAUCUCGAGGCCAUCUACGCCAUCGAGUGCACGCGAAACGUCUGCGGCAGCAUCUACUGCCUGUUCAUUGUCGCCUGCGAGGCCGAAGACCGGGCGCUUCGCGCGCGCCUCUUGCGGCUGUUCGAUAAGGGCGAGAUGUAUGGCUUUCAUAGCGUCAAGUCGGCAAGAGAGGUGGUCAAGGAGGUCUGGCGCCAUAGGGAUUGCACGGGGUCGUAUGAGCCGAGGCAGAGGCAGGAGAUUAUGAUGGCUAUGGGGCUGGAUUUGUUGAUGGCUUGAUUUGUUUCGAAGCGUUUGAGGGAAAUUUAGAACGAGGCCUGAGAUUAGACAGGGGAUUUCCCUUGAUGUAGACGUGGCCGUUAGUAUGUUAUUUUAAGGCAUGCGUUCCUUACUGCAGUUCACUGCUACAAGUUUUGCUUUCUUGAAACAAUAAUUCAGCACUGUCGAUA